AUGUUGUCGCGAUCGCAAUACGACACACCGUGUCUGAGUCAUGUCGAUACGCUAUGGCUUCCACCGUCGUUGGGCUCGAGAUCCUCGGGCCGCGAGUCGAGCAAGCCGCGAGCUCGCAUGAACUCGAAUCCCGGAGCACAGCUGAAGAGCAAGCCACCUCGCUCCCUCCCAUCGACGGCGGGUUCCGCGCCUGGCUGUUCAUCUUCUGCGCUUUCAUCCUCGAGUGUCUCGUCUGGGGCUUCCCCUUCUCGUAAGCACCCACCCACCCACUGGCCCCUAUACGGCGUCUUCCAGGAAUUCUACCUCAACUCGCCGCAGUCGCCCUUCCGCGGCGCGUCCGAGGCGUCGAUCAACUCCAUCGGCACGAUCACGAUCGGGAUACAGUACUUCGAGGGGCUCGGCGUCAUGGCGCUCACGCAGCGCUACCCGCGGUGGACCAAGUCGCUCAUGGGCGCGAGCCUGGCGGCCUGCGUUGGCGCGCUGCUCGUCUCGAGCUUCGCCACGAAGGUUUGGCAGCUGAUUCUGCUGCAGGGUGUGCUCUACGGUGUCGCUGGAGGGCUCAAUGAAUGGUUCGUCGAGCGGCGCGCCUUCGCAGCGUCGAUCAUCUUCGGGGGCUCGGGGCUCGGCGGCGCGCUCUUCCCCGUCGUGACCAACUACGUGCUGCAGCGCUACGGCUUCCGCUGGGCGCUCCGCUCGCUCGCGCUGAUCGUCGGCGUGCUCGGGCUCGUCGCGCUGCUCGGCGCCAAGCCUAGGCUGCCCGUUGCGCGCCACAGCACGCCGGCACCGCUGACGUUCCAGUUCGUCCGCUCGCCGCUGUUCGUCCUCGUCGCGUUGGCGGUGUUCGUGCAGGCGCUAGCGUACUUCCCGGUCUCGCUGUACAUCCCGACCUACGCAGCCUCGCUCGGGUAUUCGCCGGGGAAUGGGACCCUGGCGCUGACGGUCUUCAACUUGGCGGCCGUCAUAGGCGAGUGCCAGGUCCUCGUCGGGUACUACUGCGACCGCGGGCCAUACUCGACAGCGAUGCUGGGGUCAAGCCUCGUCGCCGCCGGGCUCGCGUUCCUGCUGUGGGGCUACGCGCACAGCCUCAGCCUCAUCGUCCUAUUUUCCGUGCUGUUCGGCGCCGUGAGCGGCGGCUUCAGCUCCGUCUGGCCGCCCGCGGCGAAGGAGGUGUACGCGGACCAAUCGCUGACGCCGUUCUUCCUGUUCUCGGGCGCCAAGGGCCUUGCGGCGAUCUCCGGGCCGUUCAUCGCUGCUUCUCUGCACCCGAGGAACGGGUCCGUGUCGCGGGCGUCGUGGGCGGGAUACGGAUUCACGGCGGUGGAGAUCUUCGUGGGCAGUAUGAUGUUCGCAACUGCGAUCCUAUCCGCGGUCUUGGUCAUCGUGAGAGAGAAAACGAUGAAGGAUAGAGUAGAAUAG